CAUUGCAUAACAUUCAUACGUCAAUUUUGCCUCUUACUAUUUUGCUAUUUAGUUAUCCUAAAAUCUUCUUUUAAAUUGAAGUGUCUGAUAAACUGUACAAUUCAAGACAUAACUGGGGUAAAGGUUAAGGUUAUGUUUAUAAAAUUUUUGAUUAUAUGUUAAUUUAAUUUAUUAUUCCAGCUCACCUUCCAUACCUUUCACUUAAGUAAUGUAAUGGUAAUUCGCUUUUAAUUAAUAACAAUGUGGUCAAUGGUAUUGGACGAAAUUUGCCUACUUUUAGAGACCUAUAAAGGAAGAGAUAAGAUUUUAAGAACGAUAGGUUACUUGACGAAAUACCUGGGAGGAAUACAAAAAAAUGAAGCAUUGGCCAAAAAAUUUUUCAUCUUUAGCUCCCAAAUGUCGAGUGCUCGAGCUACACUCAGGCUUCUCGAUGAUUUUCCAAUGAUCAAGUACAGCUUAGAAUAUGGGCUAGGCAAAGGGGAACCAGACAAAUUUAUGGCACAACUGGGCGUCCUUACAAAUAUAAUUGACCAAGCAUUUUAUCCCAUUGAAAAAAUGUCUUGGUUGGCCGAGCACAAACUCAUAACCGGCAUAGAUAAUACUAAAUGGGACACUGCCAGCUCAGUUUGCUGGGUUAUAUCGAUUUAUUUAACUCUUGUUAAGACUUUAAGGUAUUGGUUAGUAUUAGAAAGAUGCAAAGCAGGUGGAAUUAACUCCGAUAGCAUUCCGAUGGCCAAAAUUGUAUUGAUGCAAAAGUAUGAAUUACUAUCAAUUAUAAGGCUGUGUUUAGAUUUAGCUCAUGCUGUAAACACUCUUCCUCCAGGGUUUAUGUGGUCCUGUAAGCUUAAAGUAUGGCAUGUGGGAUUAAUAGGAACUUUAUCAUCAUUAUUGGGCAUUUAUCAGAUAUUUUUUAGAAGGUCUCUGAAGUAAGAUAACAUUAUAAUAUUGAACUAUUUUUUAAAUUCAUAUUGUAUUGAAACAGCUUUACAUCCAAUUGUUGAUUUUUAUAAGAUUUUAUUAAAGUGUUGUUGGAUAUUUUAAAUCUGGAAUUUAUAUUUUUUUUGAUUCAAUAUUUAAGUGAAUAGUUUGAAUAAUCUAGAAUGAAAAAGAACGCUCCUCAGUACCGUUUUAAUAUAGAAAACAAAAGUAUAUUUAAAGCCUUUAUUGAUAAAAUAAAACUACUCUAAGGCUGAAAGUUUGAAGUUCUGGAUGCAAUAACUUACAUACUAAUUAUCCCAAAAAACAUGUCAUAUUUAAAGGUACACUCGUGAAUUUUAAAUAUAGUAUGCAUUAAAAUCGUAUCUUGAAAUAUGGCAUAAAAUUCUUCUUUAAAAUAUUACAACUGGGAAUUUGCACAAUAAUCUUAUUUUUCAGUA